AUGCAAACUAGAAAUAAUUUUUCUUGGAUAAAGGAACAGAUUACUCGAUCUAUUUCCGUAUCGCUCAUGAUAUAUAUCAUAACUCGUGCAUCCAUUUCAAAUGCAUAUCCCAUUUUUGCGCAGAAGGGCUAUGAAAAUCCACGAGAAGCGACUGGACGUAUUGUAUGCGCCAAUUGCCAUUUAGCUAAUAAACCAGUGGAUAUUGAGGUUCCGCAAACGGUACUUCCCGAUACUGUAUUUGAAGCAGUUGUUCGAAUUCCUUAUGAUAUGCAACUGAAACAAGUUCUUGCUAAUGGUAAAAAAGGGGCUUUAAAUGUGGGGGCUGUUCUUAUUUUACCAGAGGGUUUUGAAUUAGCCCCUCCCGAUCGUAUUUCCCCCGAGAUAAAAGAAAAGAUGGGCAAUCUGUCUUUUCAGAGCUAUCGCCCAAAUCAAAAAAAUAUUCUUGUCAUAGGCCCUGUUCCUGGUCAGAAAUAUAGUGAAAUCACGUUUCCUAUUCUUUCCCCGGACCCCGCUACUAAGAAAGACAUUCACUUCUUAAAAUAUCCUAUAUACGUAGGCGGAAACAGGGGAAGGGGCCAGAUUUAUCCUGACGGGAGCAAGAGUAACAAUACAGUUUAUAAUGCUACAGCAUCCGGUAUAGUAAGCAAAAUCCUACGAAAAGAAAAGGGGGGAUACGAAAUAACCAUAGCGGAUGCAUCGGAUGGACGUCAAGUGGUUGAUAUUAUCCCGCCGGGGCCAGAACUUCUUGUUUCAGAAGGCGAAUCUAUCAAAUUUGAGCAACCGUUGACAAGUAAUCCUAAUGUGGGCGGAUUUGGUCAGGGAGAUGCAGAAAUAGUACUUCAAGAUCCAUUACGUGUACAAGGCCUUUUGUUCUUCUUAGCAUCUGUUAUUUUGGCACAAAUAUUUUUGGUUCUUAAAAAGAAACAGUUCGAGAAGGUUCAAUUGUCCGAAAUGAAUUUCUAG